CGCCCCCUGAGAAUGGCUCGUAACCCGGCUCCUACUUCCCAGGCCUGUGCUUGCGUGGAAGACGGAACAACAUCGCCGAGGAGGACCUCAGUCACGUGGGACCCGGGCUUAUCCCCGGCUUUGGGGUCCGCCGCCGGAUCAACCGGCAGUUCCAAAUUAUUUCCGCGCGAUAAGUUCGGCAGCCGCCUGGACACGACCACGGGAGUCGGGCCGCAGGUCUCCUUCCUGCGGCCGCGGACUGCGCAGACGCCGGUGCUCUUCAGCAUAAUGAAUUGCAGUGAAGCAUCAACAAAAAAAUUUUUACCCAAGAGCAAUUUAUCUCGGGUGAUUAUUCGUGACAACCUCAGUGCCCAACGAAUCUAUGAGAUGGAGAUAAGAGCUACAGACAAGACCAAGAAAAAGAUGAGCCAUUUGUAUGAUCAUCUGAAAAAAAAGUUCAUGAUGGACCAGCUCAGAAAGCUGGGGCGCUGGAAACGGGAAUCUAUGAACAUUCAGCACUACUUGGAUAGCAUCCGAAUGUACGAGAUCCAGUUGAAACUCCAGUCUCCCAAGAAAAACCAGCCACCUUAG